AUGUCUCGACGUGGGACUAUUCGGGAUAUCGUCAUUACACCAGUGGCAUUUCAUGACAUGCCACUGCUAAAUAGCGUUGGUGUACAUGAGCCAUUUGCACUACGCAGCAUCAUCGAAGUUAUCACAGAUGACGGUUACGGAUUGGGGGAAUCGUACGGAGACUCAACACACCUGGGCCGUCUCCAACUUGCGGCCGACAAAAUUAAGGGCCUCACUGUGUACGAAACAAACUCCAUAUACCAGCUAUGCGUCGAGUCCUUGACAGGCGACACCAGCACAGGCGGCGACGGAAUGGCAGGCAUGGUGACUACUGCCUCCGUUGCGGACAAGGUUUUCUCCCCAUUUGAAGUUGCGUGUCUCGACAUCCAGGGAAAGCUUGCAGGAGUACCUGUGAGCGACCUUCUCGGCGGCCGCGUUAGAGACAACGUCCAGUAUUCGGCAUACCUCUUUUACAAGUGGGCGGGGCACCCUGGACAGCCAGACGACGAAUACGGCGCGGCUCUUGACCCUGCUGGUGUAGUAAAGCAGGCGAAAAGGAUUAUUGACGAGUACGGUUUCAAAGCGAUCAAGUUGAAAGGCGGCGUCUACCCCCCGGCACAAGAGGUGGAAGCAAUCAAAGCAUUGCAUGCGGCUUUUCCGGGUGUGCCUCUUAGACUCGACCCCAAUGCCGCCUGGACUGUCGAGACCUCAAAAUGGGUUGCGAAGGAACUCGAAGGGAUCGUCGAAUACCUGGAAGACCCGGCUCCAGAAAUCGAAGGCAUGGCUGCUGUUGCGAAAGCAGCCUCGAUGCCGUUGGCGACAAACAUGGCCGUAGUCGCAUUUUCUCACUUGCCCACAUCAAUUCUGCAGAACGCAGUCCAAGUGGUGCUCUCUGAUCAUCACUUCUGGGGUGGCCUGCGCAAGUCUCAGACUCUGGCCGCCAUCUGCGCGACUUGGGGAAUGCGUCUUUCGAUGCACUCGAAUAGCCAUCUGGGCAUAUCACUUGCGGCCAUGACUCAUCUUGCGUCGGCUACCCCAAAUCUGGACUAUGCUUGCGAUACUCAUUGGCCAUGGAAACCACGGGAUGAGGAUGUCGUCGUUGAUGGAGUACUCAAGUGGUCUGAUGGUGGUUUGAACGUUCCGACCGCGCCUGGCUUGGGAGUUGAGCUAGACAGGAAGAAGUUGGCGCAUCUUCAUCAACUCUACCUGGAUUGUGGGCUGCGAAAACGCGAUGACACAACGUAUAUGAGAAAGUUCCACCCUGAAUUUUCUCCAAACGUUCCAAAAUGGUACGCCAUUGUGAACGACAUCUUCGUUGUCGCCGACCACUGGAGGCGGCACACCACUGUCAUUUCCGGGAGUUUCACGCUCGCUGUCCUCCUCGCAGUUUUGACGGCCUUAUCGAAACUUUUCCAAGAUGACUCGAAUCCAGCUGGAUCCCGUGCCAGUGUUGCGUUCAUCUUCUUGUUCGCGGUUGCGUACUCCUUCUUCGUCAACAGUGUCAAUUGGGUCUUGGUAGCAGAGAUCUUUCCACUCGACCUCCGUGGCGUCGGUGUUGGCUUCUCAGUCUUUACACAAGCUGUUACGGCAAUUUGGUUAUCUUACGCGGUAUCAGCCGCGUUCGAUGCCAUCGAGUGGAAGUUUUACUUCGUCUUUGUCGCCUGCAACGCUUUUGCGGGGACCAUCUACUUCUUUUUCCUGCCCGAGACUCGCUUCUUAUCACUUAAGGAGGUGGCUGCUAAGUCCGGAGACGAGAUUAUCAGUCCAGGAAAGAAAGGUCCGGAGCUGGAUUAG